UGUACUUAAGUACUAAAAUACAGUAUCUGUACUCUACUGAAGUAUUAUUUUUUUCUCCUACUUCCACUUUUACUUCAGUACAUAUUUUCGAUGAGUUUAAUACUUUUACUCCGAUACAUUUUUUAUGUGCUGCAUCGUUACUCGUUAUAAAAAUAAAACGAAUCAUUCCAUUAUCACUGCCAGAGCAGUAGAUGGCUCUGUCACGAGGUUUGAUGAAUCUGACUCGUCGUCAUUGGCGAUCAAGCCGUUUGAAGAAGACCACGCCUGCUCCCGUUCUGCCUUUCACUCUGCUGCCUGCCUGCAUUGAGAAGGAUAACGUUACGUGUUUUGUGUAUUUCGAGAUGGCGGAAGAAGAAACACCACCUUCAACUUCAAGUGAUUGUGGCGGUGAGGGUAAAGAAGACGACCACCCAUGGCCCUACUUAGAGUCCAUGUUUUCAUUUGCCGGAGCGAAAGACAAUUCAUAUAGAAUGAAGUGCCUUCUCUGCCUCCCGAAAGAUUGCGAAAUAUUGGCCUUCAGAAAUUCACCAUCGAAUUUGAAGAAACAUAUCAAGAGCAAGCAUGGCUGCCACAUGAGUAGAUACGAGGAACUCACAUCUGCAAAGCGAAAGAAGACUGUGAUUCCCUCCCCCUCAAGCAGCCACAAGCAGCCCACAUUAAUGGGUUGCUUUACCACGAUGCCCCAGAGAUCCAUUGACAAGGCAAUCAUGAAGUAUGUUGUCCGAGGACUUCAGCCUUUCAGCAUUGUAGAGCAAGAAGCUUUCCGUGACUUUGUGUUAGACCUGGUGCCAAAUAGCAAAAUAAUGACAAGAGUCACACUCACAUCUAUGAUUGAUGAUGCUGCCAAACAGAUGAAGACCAAAAUUAUUGAGGCCAUGAAAACUAUUGAUUACAUCGCAACAACCACUGACUGCUGGUCAGCCAGGCGGCGUAGUUUCAUUGGGAUCACAGCUCACUGGGUGGACCCCGAAAGUUUAAAAAGAUGCUCAGUGGCCCUUGCCUGUAGAAGAUUAAGAGGCUCUCACACUUUCGACCUUCUGGCAAAUGUACUUAAUGAUAUACAUGCUGAGUUUGAAAUUCGGGGAAAGAUAGUCAGAACGACAACGGACAAUGGGUCCAACUUCAUCAAAGCCUUCAAAGUAUUCGGUGAAGAUGUUAAUAACAAUGCUGGUGCUGUAGUUCAGGAGGAAGAGGAGGAAGAACUAGCAGACAAAGAUGAGGAGGAGGUAGAGUUUGUCGAUGUAUCUUCACUUUUGGAUGAGGAUGAUGGUUUUGAGUUUCAGCUCCCGAAGCACCAGCGUUGUGCAUGCCAUAUUCUUAACCUUAUAGCCACUGCAGAUGCCAGCAAGGCAGUGUCCAAUGACUCAUACAAGAAAUUGUACUACUCCGCCUUUAGCAAGUGCAAUGCACUUUGGAAUAAGUGUUCAAGAUCCUCAACAGCAGCUGAAACGGUGGAAGAUGCUUGCUCCCUACAGCUUGUGCGACCGAAUGCAACAAGGUGGAACUCUGUGUUCAUGGCUGUGGAGAGACUGCUCAGGAUCGUGAAAGAAAAGGGAGAGGCAGCAAUGAGAGUUGUUUGCACGGAUCUGAAGGUUCCAAUGUUUAAUCCAGCAGAACUUGCAUUCCUGUCAGAGUAUGCUGCUGUCAUGACUCCAGUCGCCCAAGCAACAAAUAUUUUGCAAGCUGAAACCAAUGUCCAGAUGGGGUGGCUGCUGCCAACCAUUAAGCUCCUGACAGUCAAGCUGAACAGGAUCAAGCUACCGCUGAAGUACUGCAAGCCGCUGGUGGAUGCUUUGCAGGUGGGCAUUGAGAAUCGCUUUGGCCCUAUGAUGGAAGACCCAGAGCUGGUGGCUGCUGCUAUUCUGCUUCCAAAAUUCAAGACAAAUUGGACACAGGAAGAUGAGACAAUCAAAAUAGGAAUGGACUACAUCAAACGAUGCAUUGAAGACCCCUCGUUGGAGUCCUUUGUGGUCAACAGGUCCAGCUCAUCUGACGAAGACGACUUCUUUUCUAGCUUGCAGAGUUCAAAUACACAAGAAGGCACCAAACAGUUAGAUGCAUACUUGGCCUGUUCGGCUGAUAACAUGGACUUGCUCAAGUCUUUUCCAGCUGUGUGCAAGUUGUCUGUUAAGUUAAACACACCUCUUCCAGCAUCAGCAGCCUGCGAGAGGCUUUUUAGUAUCGCAGGUUUAGUCUUUAGCCCUAGAAGAGCAAGACUGGAUGCAUUAAAUUUUGAGAACCAACUACUUUUGAAAAUAAACAAAAGAUUUCUAACUUCCUAAAUAUUACUGCUUUAUGCAUACCAGUUUAAGAAGGGAAUAAUUUGUGGAGAAAAAGCAGGGAAGAGAGUGGAGGGAUGCUUUAACGGGAGAGGGGACAUGCCUGUUCUGGUUGUUUACAAAGAGUUAAGCCCAGUGUUUUUAGGUGCUGUAUUCACUUUUUUUUGCUGUAUUUCAUUUUUUUUUUUUUACAUAAGACAUAUUUGUAUGUGGCCUACUGGCCUUUGAGAUCUUGAAGUUGCCUUAAUAUGUUGAGGAUCAAAAGAAAAUGUGUAUACUUGAGGUAAUUGUUUACAGAGAGUUAAGCUCCGUGUUUUAAGGUGCUCUUGUACAUUCCUGUCUUUGUACUGCUGCUACAGCCAAAGGUAUUCUAAGUGUCCUUUAGGCUAAACAUUUGAAAUAAAAACAAUGAUAUUCAAACUCAUUCAAACUUUUCUUUAAUAACUACAUUACACAAUACUUGUACUUUUACUUUCAGUACUUGAGUAGUAAAUUUUAAAAUAAACUACUUGCAAUACUUAAGUACAAAACAUGUUUAAUACUUUAGUACUUCCACUUAAGUAUGGUGCUUAAAGAGCACUUCAACUUCUACUCAAGUCACUUUUUUGAUAGAGU